UUGCCUGCAAGCUCAGCCCAGAAAUCGAUGAACAUGAAGAUGACGAACAAGCACAAGAAACACCAACCCCCAGCAUGGAGCUGCAGGAGGUUGAAAAGAAGGCAUUGCCUGAGGAAUCCAAGGAUGAACGUGUUUUGAUGCCUUCAGUUCUCCAAGGAAGUUCUGAUAAGCACCAGCCUUACAGUGAUGACAAAUUUAACUCUAAUGAACUGGAAAUAGAUGUUGAUCCGGAUGGACCAUGUGGUUACUCUCAUGCUAAAGAAGAUGAAAUUCCAACCAAUAUCUCAGAGAGUGAAAAUUAUCGCAAGCAAGUGAGUGGACAAGAGCUCACAUUUCCCAGUGAGAACGUGCAGGAUGUGGAAAAGACGGUGGUGUUCCCACAUUCCCAGGAUGAAUGUUUUUCGGUAGCUUCCACUCCCCAGGAAGGCUUUGCCUGCAACCAGCCUUACAGUGAUGGGAAAGUUGCAUUUGAUGAAGAGAAUGUGAAGUCUGCCGUGGAUGGAGCCUGUGGUUGCUCUCAGGCUGAAGAGGAUGAAAUUCCAACUGGUCUCACAGAAAAGCAGAAUGAUCAUGAUGACCUGAAAGGACCGGAGGUGUUUGCCCCCAGGUACAGCAGACAGAUGCCACAGAUGGCAGAAUAUGGUGUCCCACAGAACUCUCUGGAUGACUAUUAUCUGACUUACUCGGGUCUUCCUAGCCUGUCACACACCUUCUGGUCUUAUACGGGCACAGCCAUCUUCUCACCUGAAGACCUGGAUGUCUCUUAUGCUCGGAAUGUAACCGAAAAUCUUGCUGAUCUUGAGGACGAGGAAAAUCAAGACAUCAUCUGCUCUAGUCUCAGUAUGGAGCAGCUGGUGGUAGAAGAGAAUGAAGUCCAGCUGGACACACUGGAUGAAUGUUAUCUGGCUUCUUCUAUUGNCCUAAAGGAAAUCAAGUGUGACGCAUGUAAGGACAUCGUUGAAUCUGUGCUGGGGGAGAAGCUGCCGGGUGAGGCGCGGAGGCCAGCAGAGAAGCUGGCAGAGAAGCCAACGCUUGACGAAAGGUUGAGAACAUGUGACAUCCUAAUUCGAAGUCAGGCACGAGAGCUGACCCAGCUACGGCAGACACUACAGAACGGGAAAGAUGACUCUGCCCUGCUCAAGCAGCACCUCAGGGACCUCCUCACCCACAGUGACCUGGACAACCACCAGAGACAGGGCUUCCGAGAGAGCCUGUCUGAGGGGUACCGCUUGGCGGAGCGCCUUGCCUGCAAGCUCAGCCCAGGGCAGAGCCAGCGGCUCCCCGGCCCCUCCCGGUGGAGACACAGCUCCACGGGGCUCUCUCUGGGGAUCAGCCAGGUGAGAGUCCACGCCGCUCCCCACUCCUGCCCCCAGGUCACCUGCUGUCACAACGGGUCCAGGUAG